UGAAUGCUUUAAAUACCACCUGAAAUCUCUUGACAUGGCAGGACUCAAGCAGACUCUAGUCUCUCCUUCUGCUGAGUAUAGCUUUCUCUACACACUUUUAUACUUCCACUACAAUGUCCACCACUACUCAGACACCGUCUGAGACCACGACUGUCACCAAGCCAUACAGCGAAGAUGACCUCCCGGCCUAUGAGCCCAUGCCCUGGACUCUGAAUGAGAUCCGCGCGGCAAUCCCUCCUCAUCUCUUCGUGCGGGACACGACACGAGGCCUGCUCUAUUGCGCUCGUGACAUUUUAAUGGCGGCGAUCGUUUGGAAAAUGGCUACAUGGAUCGACCCCUACUUCAAAUCCGAAGGGCUCGUAGAGCAGCUCACGCCGAUCGGUGCGGAAGCCGCUCGCUGGGGUGCUUGGCUCGUUUACUGGUGGUUCCAAGGUCUUAUCUUCACGGGUAUCUGGGUUAUUGGUCACGAAUGUGGCCAUAGCGCUUUCUCCGCAAGUAAAACAGUCUGUGAUGUGAUCGGAUUUAUCACUCACACUUUCCUGUGGACACCUUUCUUUAGUUGGAGGAUCUCUCACCAUCGUCACCACAGUAACCACGCAUCAAUGGAACGUGAUGAAGUGUACGUUCCGAAGACACGAAGUGAUCUCGGUAUACCCCAACACGUAGAACACGAGAGCCAAUGGGAGGAGUAUUUCGGCGACACUCCCAUCUACACUUUAUACAUGUUGAUUCGCCAACAAGUUCUCGCUUUCCCUGCCUAUCUCUUAUUCAAUGUCUCUGGUCAGAAGAACUACCCGAAGUGGACAAAUCAUUUUGACCCCAACUCCAUCCUCUUCACCAAGGCACAACGAAAUGUUGUCAUAAUUUCAAAUAUCGGUAUUGCUAUCAUGAUCUGGGGUGUCACUGCUGCGAGCCAACGCUGGGGCACGUCCGAAGUCUUGAAGUACUACGGCAUUCCUUGGCUCCUCGUCUCCCAUUGGUUCAUCAUGAUUACUUACUUGCACCACACUGACCCCCAACUACCUCACUACCGUGGCAAGGAGUGGAACUUUCAACGUGGUGCUGCAGCCACCGUCGACAGAAAUUUCUUGGGCUGGCAAGGCCGCUUCUUCCUUCACGAUGUCGCUCACUUUCAUGUGAUCCACCAUUUCUUCCCAAAGAUGCCUUUCUACCACGGCCCGGAAGCCACGAAAUACCUGAAAGAGUUCAUUGGCGAUCACUACGCCUAUUCAGAUGCACCCGUGUUUAAGGCACUCUGGGAUAACUACAACAAGUGCCAGUUCGUCGAAGAUGAUGGCGAUGUUCUCUUUUAUCGGGACAAGCAGGGCAAGGCCGUUCGUCGGCCCAUAGACAAGUACCGCGUUCCGCACACCGCCCAGGCUACUGAGGCAAAUUAACGCCUUCACACUGUAUGACUACCACAAGCUCAAGACCUCGUUACACAUCAUCUAAAUUGUCAGCGUUGAAAUCUGAAACUUGUAUACGAAAAGGAAUGGAAGGAGGAAAUAGCGUGUUUUUUGUAUGUAUUUUGUGCUCGGAUCACCCAUAAGUAUAGCUCGGGUUUACCGAGUAGCGUUUUUUUAUUUUGUAAAAGUCCGUACAUGCAGUUUACGUCAAAUGUAGAUCUUGUUUCAACUGCCA